AUGAGUUUCAGCCGCAGCGGGGGACUCACUGCCCGCAACUUCAGACCUUGUCUACCCCAGAAUCGCCUCCGCAUUCGCUCCACCCUACCUCCACUCUUGUCCCGAAGAUUCCAUGCCAGCUCUCUACUAUGGGGGAUCAAAUCACAAGUCCUAAAGGAUGUCGGCGAGGGUAUCACCGAGGUCCAGAUCAUUCAAUGGUACGUGGAGGAAGGGGCUCAUAUCGAGGAAUGGAAGCCUUUGUGCCAAUAUCAGUCGGAUAAAGCUGUCGACGAUAUUACUUCGAGAUACGAAGGCGUUAUCAAGAAACUACAUUUCGAGACAGAUGAUACAGUGCCUACGGGAAGGGCACUCUGUGACAUCGAAGUUGCAGAUGGAAAAUAUCCCGCUGAUGACCCGCCACACGGAUCAACGGCAGCGGCGUCUGAACCAACCCCAGCUUCUGAACCUACCUCGGCCUCUGAGAUCACACCUGCAACUCAAGAAGCCGAGGCUUCUCUAAUAACCCCUACUCCUACCCAGGUUACAGAGGAGACACCCAGGACAAAGCAUGCAUCCCUUGCAGUACCCGCCGUGCGCGGGCUACUGAAGAGCAACGGGGUGAACAUCCUCGAAAUCAACGGAACCGGCAAAGACGGGCGGGUGAUGAAAGAAGAUGUCCUAAAAUUCGUAGCAGAGAGAGAUGCUCCAGUUCCAACAUCAGUACCCGCCCCCGUUUCCGCGUCAGCAGACACACGACAAGCAGAGUCAAUUGUCAAACUGACCCCGAUCCAAUCACAAAUGUUCAAGACAAUGACCAAAUCCGCGAACACCCCACACUUCCUCUACGCGGACGAACUCAAAGUCAACGACAUCACGGCCAUCCGCAAGAAACUCGCCAGCGACAAACGUGAUCCUACCAAAAUCACAUUCCUCCCCUUCGUCGUAAAGGCCGUUUCACAAGCUCUGACCGAUUUCCCAAUCCUCAACUCGAAAGUCGAUGUCACAGACCCCACCAAGCCAAAGCUAGUCAUGCGCGCCAAGCACAAUAUCGGAAUUGCUAUGGAUACGCCGAACGGUCUGAUUGUUCCGAACAUCAAAGACGUCGCUAACCGAUCGAUCUUCGAUAUUGCCGCUGAGGUCGCGCGGCUAAGUGCCCUUGGUAAGGCCGGCAAGUUGACGCCCGCUGAUCUCGGUGGUGGCACUAUCACUGUGUCGAAUAUUGGCAAUAUCGGAGGUACAUAUGUGGCUCCGGUGAUUGUGCCGACGGAAGUGGCUAUUCUCGGCGUAGGUAGGUCUAGAGCUGUACCGGUCUUUGAUGAGGAUGGACAGGUUACACGCGGGGAUAUGGUUAACUUCAGUUGGAGUGCGGACCACCGUGUCAUUGAUGGGGCAACCAUGGCGAGGAUGGGUAACAGGGUUAAGGACCUAGUUGAGUCGCCUGAGCUUAUGCUUCUAAAUCUUAGGUGA